CUGCUGACAACAAGCUUCAUUUGAAUCACAAAACAGCAGCACCGACUCCCGCAGGGUAAUGGAUAUAAAGACACUGCAGUGGUUAAAAAUAAAAGAACAAAAAUUGGCCCUCGGCAGCAGUUACCAUGGCAAAGAUCAUCUUCUACGAGGAGAAAAACUUUGGAGGCCGUUACUAUGAGUGUGUGAGCAACUGUGUGGACCUGCACUCCAUGUUUGACCACUGCCGCUCCAUCAGGGUGGAGAGUGGCAUGUUCAUGAUCUAUGACCGGGCGGGCUACACGGGGAACCAGUACUUCAUGAAGAAGGGGGAGUACUCGGACUACAUGGGCAUGACUGGCAUGAAUGACUGUGUCAGGUCCUGUCGUAUCAUCCUAGCGAGCACCAGCUUCAGGAUGAGGCUCUAUGAGCACUUUGACAUGGGAGGUGUGAUGAUGGAGCUGACGGACAACUGUUCCAACCUCAUGGAGCGCUUUCACCUCACCAACUUCAACUCCUGCCACGUGAUGGAGGGCCAGUGGCUGCUGUAUGAGCAUCCCAACUACAGGGGGCGCCACUACUACCUGACGCCCGGCCAAUAUAGGAGCUUCAGAGAAUGGAGUGGCAUUAGCUCCAAGAUCCACUCCAUCAGGCGUCUCAUGGACCUCUAACGACGGGAACAGGAAUUUUGAAACAUCUGCUCUUCGCCGUGUCCCACGCGCUGAAUAAAAUGGCAUCAGUGCUCAAGUGUAUUCGGUUUUGUUCUUGCUCGCUGCUUCUGCAGGGCACGUUUUCUCAGGAGGACGUGGCGUGGUCUGACAUCCUGACCUUCAUCCAAGAACUGAAUAAAAUACUACAAGCGCUGACACCUUCCACACCAGGCUCGAGCGUUAUCUAUCGUAGAACUGCUGCACCUUUCACUCGCUCUAAUUUUUAUUGACCUACGGAUGAUUUACUGAAAAAUAAAUUACAGUAAAAAAAAUGAAGGAUUACCUUUAUUCUAAGUGUUGAAAGAAACUCCACUCAGUAGUGUUUUUAGCAUCUACUUUAGAUCUUUCCAUCCAUCUGCAUGUUAUUCAUAAACAUACAGACUAUAAUAAAUACUAAAA